UUAAGACACGAAUAGUCGUUUUUGUGACGAAUGCGUGCGCUUGGCUACGGGAUUUAAUUUUUUUUUGUUCACACGCAUCUCUUAUUAUUUCUCUUCUUUGUUAUCGUUAAUUUUCGUUCUACAGUUGAUACAGAAAAAAAAGAGUCAUCAAUCACUUGGUGUGUGUAGCUGAGUGUGUAUAUUUGUAGAGAAAUUAUUAGAUUCAUUUUUUUUAUGAAUUUGGUUUGUGCCGGGUUUAACACGCGUAUUAAGUGCUAAGCAGUUGCAUACUGCUAACCAAAACACGUAAUUGAAACGAGAGUAAAAUAGUCGAUUUGAAGGUUUUAAAAUUAUCAACAUUUGUAAGGCACCCACACACACACGUAAAAAUGCCAGUUUUUCAUACAAAAACAAUCGAAAGCAUUUUGGAACCUGUUGCCUCACAGGUUUCCCGUUUGGUGAUUUUGCACGAAGAAGCCGAAGAUGGAAAUGCAAUGCCAGAUCUUAGCCGACCCGUUCAAGCGGUAUCGUCGGCUGUUGCAAAUUUAAUUAAAGUCGGCCGUGAAACAAUCACCGGUUCCGAUGAUGAAAUCUUAAAACGUGAAAUGCCUGCAUCAUUGACCCGAGUCGAAACUGCAUCGCAUUUAUUGGAAGAUGCGGCUGCAAUGUUACGCCCCGAUCCGUACUCAGGACCAGCCCGAAAAAAGUUGAUCGAAGGUUCACGUGGUAUUUUGCAAGGUACAUCAUCAUUGUUACUGUGCUUCGACGAAUCGGAAGUACGAAAAAUAAUCCGUGAAUGUAAACGUGUAUUGGAUUACUUGGCCGUAUCCGAAGUCAUUGACACCAUGGAAGAUUUGGUGCAAUUCUUAAAAGAUCUCAGUCCAUGUUUGAGCAAAGUAUCGCGUGAAGUGAGCGCUCGUGAAAAAGAACUAACACAUCAAGUGCACAGCGAAAUUUUGGUACGCUGUUUGGAGCAAGUGAAAAUUUUGGCGCCAAUUUUAAUUUGCAGCAUGAAAGUCUACAUUCACAUUGUUGAACAAGGUGGAAAAGGUGCCGAAGAAGCAUCGGAGAAUCGUAAUUAUUUGGCAUCACGCAUGAGCGAAGAAAUUCAAGAGAUUAUUCGUGUACUACAAUUGACCACAUAUGAUGAAGACACCAGCGAAUUGGACAAUUUGACCGUGUUGAAGAAGAUCCAAAACAGCAUCAUCAAUAAAAUGGGACCGGCUCUCGAUUGGUUGGCCAAUCCAUACGCCCUACGUGGUGGAGUUGGUGAAAAGGCUUUGCGUCAAAUUCUCGAUAAUGCGUAUCGCGUUGCCGAUCGUUGUUUGCCACAAGAUGCUGCUGUUAUUCGUAAAUUGGCUGAUGAUAUCUCAAGAGCCACGAAUGAAUUGUGCGAUUUGCGUCAAGCCGGCAAAGGCAAUACCCCACAAGCUGAACAAUUGGCUCGUGAAAUUCGUGAUAAACUUGGUAAUCUCGAACGUGCCGUCACAAAAGCAGUUAUUGGCGUUGAUAAGGCCGGGCAUCAAGCUGCACAUACCGUACAAGGUCGUCUUGAACAAGCUUGUCGUUGGCUACAAAAUCCAAAUAUUGACGACAAAGGUGUCGGAAAACGUGCAAUCGAUUUAAUCAUUGACGAAGGCAAGAAGGUGGCAGAAGGUUUGCCCGGCCAUCAAAAAGUCGAAAUUUUACAAUUGUGUGACGAAGUUGAUCAAUUGGCAAAUCAAUUUGCAAAAUUGUGCGCUCAAGGUUUGGGAAAUACACCAGAAGCACAAGAAAUCGCCCGUAAAUUGAACGCAAAAUUGCAUGAGCUCAAAGGUAAAAUUCAACAAGCGUUGGUGAAUCGUGUGGUCGAAGAUUUCAUGGAUGUAUCAACGCCAUUGAAACAAUUCUCCGAUGCUGUCAAUGUGCCAGAAGGUACACCGGGCCGUGAGCAAAAUUUCAAUCAAAAAGCCAACAAUUUGCAAGCAUUCAGCGAUCGUGCAUCGAAAACAAGUCGUAUGGUCGCCGCUGGUGGUUCGGGUGGUAAUAAGAGAAUCGCCGAAGAGCUAUUAGGUUCGGCCGCUCAAAUCGAUAGUCUCACACCACAACUGGUAUCGGCCGGCCGCAUCAAAAUGAAUUAUCCAGCAAGCAAAGCGGCCGACGAACAUUUGAACAAUUUAAAACAACAAUAUGCCGACACCAUUUUACGCAUGCGUACAUUGUGCGAUCAAGCAACCGAUCCAGCCGAAUUCAUCAAAGCAUCCGAAGAACAAAUGCAAAAAUAUACGUUCUUAUGUGAAGAGGCAAUUCGCAAUAAACAACCACAAAAAAUGGUCGACAAUACAUCGAACAUUGCACGCUUGGUUAACCGUGUUCUGUUGGUCGCCAAACAAGAGGCCGACAACUCCGAAGAUCCAGAAUUCAUUGCUAAAGUAAAUGCAGCUACCAAUAGAUUAGAGCAAAGUUUACCGUUGAUGGUGCAAAAUGCUAAAGCCGUUGCAGCCAAUAUUAACGAUCCAGUUGCCGCAUCACAUUGGCGCGAAGCAAACAAAAACCUUUUGAAUGCCGUACGUGGAGUUCGUGGUGCCAUUGUUACACCGCCAGAAGUGCCAAUCUUGCCUGAUUUAGCCGCUCUUAACUUAAGACAUCAAGAACAAAUUCCACCACGUCCACCACUUCCAAGUGAAAAUCGUUAUGUGAGUAAUAUUCCACCAGUGCGUCCACCAUUACCAACCGAAACCGAUGAUGAAGCGGCCGUUUUCCGACGUGCACCAUUGCCAAAUCAACCAAUUCUUCUUGCCGCCCACGGUUUGCAUCAAGAGGUUCGUCAAUGGGAUUCUCAGGACAACGAAUUGAUUGCGGCUGCUAAACGUAUGGCCAUACUUAUGGCACGUCUAUCCGAAUUGGUGCAUUCAGAUUCAAAGAGCAGCAAACGCGAAUUGAUUGCCACCGCCAAAAUGAUUGCCGAAGCAUCUGAAGAUGUAACACGUCUUGCCAAACAAUUAGCUCGCGAAUGUACUGACAAACGUAUUCGCACGAACUUGCUUCAAGUUUGUGAACGAAUUCCAACCAUUGGUACACAAUUGAAAAUUUUGUCAACGGUCAAAGCGACUAUGCUUGGUGCACAAGGUUCGGACGAAGAUCGUGAGGCCACCGAAAUGUUGGUUGGAAAUGCACAAAACUUGAUGCAAAGUGUAAAAGAAACCGUACGUGCUGCAGAAGGUGCAAGUAUCAAAAUUCGUUCGGAUCAAACAAAUCAACGAUUGCGUUGGGUUCGACGUCAACCAUGGUAUCAAUAUGCAUAAGAAGUAGACAAUUUGGCGCCAAGAAGUGCAUUACUUUCAAACAUCGAAACGCGAUACCUAACAUCAUCAUAAGAAAAAUCAACAAAAACAACGAAUGUAACCGAAUUGAGAGAACAAGAAGGCCAGAGCCUAACAUAACACAAAAAAUAGAAAUGCGUGCUUGUGGUUUUUAUGAUUAACAGAACAAAAAAAAAAUAAUUUAUGCCAAAAUGACUCAAGUGCCUAAUUUAUAUUUACUAUACACACAUUUAAAAUUAAUGAUAGUAGAUUAUUUUAACGAUAUAUUUACAAUGAACACGAAAAAAAAGAAGAAAGAAACACAUAUGCCGAAUUUGGAUGAUCAAUUGUAUUUAUUUAUUCGUCGAUCGCGAGCGACACAGAAAGGUCCCAAUGAAAAUGCAAAAUCAAUUAAUUUUGUUCAGAAAUUAACACCUAAUAUUUUAUAUGAAAAAAAAAAAAA